AUUGAAACCCACUAAGUAACUCUUAGAGCGAGCAUGGCAGCCAAGAUAUUUUCCCUCCUUGCACUCCUUGCUCUCUUAGUGAGCGCUACCACUGCGGUCAUUAUUCCGCAGUGCUCACUAGCCGCCUCCGCUGCCACUGUUCCACAGUACCUCUCACCUAUUGCAGCCGUCGGAUAUGAGCACCCGAUUGUGCAGUCCUACAGGCUACAACAGGCACUUGCAGCCAGCAUCCUACCAUCAUCGGCAAUAUUCUUACAGCAACAGUCAGCCUUACUGCAGCAGCAAUCUUUGGCCCAGCUGACAGUACAGAGCAUCGCGGCACAGCAACAACGCGUUCUAUCACCGUUCAGUCAGGUAGCCCUGGCGAACCCCGCCGCCUACUUGCAACAACAGAUCAACCAGCUAGCCAUGGUGAACCCCGCUGCCUACUUGCAGCAGCAACUGCUUCCAUUCAACCAACUAGCUGUUGCGAACUCUGCCGCCUUCUUGCAGCAGCAGCAGUUGGUGCCAUUCAACCCACUUGCCGUGGCUCACCCCGCCGCCUUCUGGCAGCAACAACAGCUAGUCAACCAACUGGCUUUGACGAGUCCCGCCUCCUUGUGGCAGCAACCCAUCGUUGGUUCUACCCUCUUCUAA